AUGCUGUUGGAGAUCAUAUCCUUUUUCUUUUCUCCAAUUUUGUCCCUUUUCGACCCCUACUUAUCUCGAUUCACCGAUGCAUUAACUUCGCAUAAAACACAACGUACAGCAGUAAAAACUAUUUUUAUCGGCAUUGUAGUUGUAGCGUUAAUUGCUACUACCACUGGCAAAUAUCCGACAAGUGAGGUUGAUUUUACUGAAGGUGGACAGUAUUCACAAGUUCUGACUGCAGGUCAAGCUUAUGAUGUUUCAAUUGAUUUACACGUUCCUGCAUCCGAUAGAAACAUCGGCUUGGGAAAUUUUAUGAUCAGUCUAACGCUUUGGUCUAGUGCUACUAAUGAUACGGUUAUAACGUCCAGUAGACCCUGUAUUCUUACGUAUCAAUCAAAAUUGCUUCGAAUAUUUUCUACUAUGUGGCGAUUGAUCCCUUUGCUGGCGGGAUUUACUAAAGAAGAUCAAAGGCUAGAAGUCAUCAUGAUAGAAAACCUGAUUGAAACAUCUGAUACCCCAAUCACAAAGGCAUUGAUUGGUGUUCACAAUCCUGAACUCGAAGUUUACAGCGUUCAAAUACGAUUAGAUGCUCACUUUAGAGUAAUUGCUUGGAGGUCACUUGUUACCUGGUGGCAAAAUAAAAUGCCGGGAGCCGUUGAGCCAGAUACAUCCGGUCCAUCCGGUACUAAAGAUGAAGGUCAAGACGGCAGAAAUUCUGGCAAAGAAGAUGGCUAUGGAACAUGGCAAGAAGUUCACCGUAAUGAUGCUAUUGAAGGUGGUGUCACAACAGAAACGGAUAGUGAUGAUGAACCGUCGCGCCCUGCUUCUGUAAUAUCACCAUCUGUCACCAGACUUGCAUCGGAAGCUGGUGAAACAAGUUACACCACUGAAUCCUAUACUACUGAAGAUGAUGAUACACAAAGCGUCGUAUCACGGACAUUGGAUGAUGAUGCUUCUGAAGCUGAAACAGAAACGGAGGGAGAUGGUAAAAUCCCAAAUAGUAUUUACUAG